AUGUCUAGUUUCUGGAACCAUGCUUUUCCUUCAUAUAUCCCACCUACAGAAUACCCCCCUGACUCCAGCUUUUUUACGUUUUCAGCCCCUCGCCCGGUCAGAAUGCAAGCCCCCGCCGCGAAUCUCACCCCAACGCCUGUCACUCAAAAUUUGAAGGACAGAAAUCUGUUCAAUUUAUCUGCUCUUUCUGCAACACAGCUUGAGAACGCAUCGUUCACGCCCAAGGCUCCUAUUAGUCGCUCUUCUCAAAAAUGCCAAAAUCCCCCCGAUAUAGGCGACAGUUCAGGAAAAGAACUCACCCUUUCAAGACGUUCUGUUAAAGACCUAGCAGCAGGCGAAUCAUGUGUUCAGAAGGACGUUUUGACCGUACUCGAAGCCCGACUAGCCAAAACUGAACAGCGCGUUCAAGAGCUGGAGGAGAGGCUUCGACAACACCAACAGCCCCGCUUUUCCCCUAUCGAAACAGUCGAGAGGGAAAACUGCAUCCAGACUGAUUUGCUCAAUAUCGAAGAUGAUGCGGAGCUUGUCCAGCUUCCAAGUAACCCGAAGAACGAAUAUCACAUGAGGGCUUUAACACUGACGGAACCAACUCCAUUUGUUAUUUCCAAUGCCGAAUUUGUCAAUUUCGAAAGUGUUUUCAAGCAGGAGGCAAAACUUCCCCAAGAAGAACAUUUGAAAACCGCCAAACAAUGCAAGACAUUAGUUGAAGGGAUUGGCUCUCCGACUGAGCUCAUCCAUCAUCGAAGAAUUCACAGCACGUCCACGGUAGAGAGUGACCUUCUUAUCGAUAUGGGUAGCAGCUCCCAUCGACGCAGCCCUAGUUCGGAAUUUUGCUUGUCUGUAGACUGUCCAUCGAAUCACCGUGAGCCAUCAGACCCGACGGAAUGGGACGGAAAGAUUCAUUGGGUGACACAAUCUGCGUUUGACAAUGUGCAUGAAUUAAACAUGUUCCGUGAUCAGUAUUCAUUCUCUUUGCCCGCACUUCUUGAGGAUGGACUGGUCUAUACCCCACGCAAGGGCGAUCUCAAUAUAUAUCGCACAGUUGCUCUCUUUAAUCUCCCGGACAAUAUCAAUAUGAAGACAUUUUUAAAGGGGAUACGUGGAGGAAUAGUUUUUUCGGCUCACUUGCAUAAUACUUUAUAUAUUUCCGGGUCACACACAGGAAUUGUCACCUUUCUCUAUCAGAAUGAUGCUAUCGCAUAUACGGAGUUUGCCCUUAAGAAUGGUGUUUAUUUCAACCACAAACGCGCCCGAGUUAUGUUGUAUAAAACUCCUACGUACCCGAUUACAGAAUCUAUGGAAAGAAAUAUAUUCGAACUUGGACAUACCCGCUGCUUGUCCAUUCGAGGAGAGUCAAAUACUGAACGGUUUAGCGUGGUCUCCAAAUUUAUCAUGGAUCAUCUUUGCAUGUACUUUGACCUCGGCGACUGCAUGCUGGAGAAUGACACUGAAACAGAGAUAGUCAUCAGGUUCAAUUCAAUACAAGCAGCCGGUGCCGCAAUGUCGAAACUAAAGAGCUUCCCUCUGCUUGAUCGUUGUGAGCUUGACUUCGAUGAUGACCCCUGUGCUGACCCCCUUCCGAAUAUUGGGGCCCAGGACGUAGAGGGCUAG